AUGAAAUUGUUCGUAGUUUUACUGGUCACUGUGGACAUAAUCAUGGGUGAAGCGAAAUUAGAAACGAUCUCCGCUGCACCACUCUCUUCAUCGACAUCCGUUUUGAAUGUGAAUGCUCCACCAAUACCUGUUGAAAUUACUCCCAUACCUGCUGAUGACUUUAGUCCAAGAUUUGAUGAAUUUAGACGUAUCGAUACAAACGGUGAUCAGAAAAUUACCUUUGCGGAAUUCAUAUUAGCCGACCGGCCAUAUAUUGAAGAUAAAUCGCGAUUGUAUCACAAGCAAGAUUUAAAUGGUGAUGGUGUUGUGAGCAAAAAUGAAUUCGUCUCGUAUUAUCGGAAAAAAGAAGAGGAGCGUCGAUUGAGAGAACAACAAGCGGAAAAUUUUUUCAAACAUUUGGAAGUGCCGUUCACUCAACCGUUCGGUUUUGGAUUCCCGCAGAAUCCAUUUUUCCCAUCAAAUAGUCGGCCUAUUAAAGAUACGGUGCACAAUGCUUCUUCGCUCGCAGUGCCAUCAGCUAAAGAAAUCAGGAAUGGGACUUUGCAGUUUUCAUAUCGAUAA